UGGAAAAUCAUACACCCUUUAACGAUGGCGAAGAAAACUACUUCCAAAAUGCCCGAGCCCAACUUGGAUCUACCUGCUGAUAUGGCGUUCGUGAGCAAUCUGCUUAAGGACCUUGGAUUGGAGGCGGAACCGUCGGCACGUGAGGCUAUCCUGGACCUGGCUUACACUUUGGCAAGGGACAAACUGGAGGAGGCCAAACGCAUUGCCACGAUGGCCAACCGUACCAACGUGGGUGUCGAGGAUCUGCAGAUGGCUGAGCCGGAGGAGACCGUCCCGCUGGAAAGGAACCCGAAGGAAAGUACCGUGAAUAUAAAGAUGGCGCAGCCGGAGCAGACCGAUCAGCCGGGGACGAGUUCGAAGGCGAGCACGCAGGCGCCGAAGCUCUUGGCCAAGGAGGCCAGCCAGGAGCCGGGUUCGAGCAAGGGACCAAUGCAGCCCACCUGGCGCGACGAUCAGGUGGGCCAGAAGGCCGAUCUGAAGACCACGGGCGCUGAGCAGGACAAACCGAAGUCGAUAUAUGGAGAAAAAGAAGAAUGAAUAGACUUUGAAGGAAACCCUCUUAUUCUUUAUUUAAAAUAUGAUAUGUUCCCGAUCUAAUAAAGAUCUCUAGCUAUU